AUGAAGAAUUUCUCUUUUUCACUCCAAGAUGUUAUCCAUCAGCCUGAUAUGUCUUUCCGCAACUCAACAAACACCACAGAAAGGCAACCAAGAGAUGAGCAGUUAGCUCAGGUAGAGAUUGCUGUGCUAGGAGUGUUAUUUAUGGCAGCCUCUGCAGGCAACUUCAUUCUCAUACUGGUGCUAUGGAAGAGAAGAAUGAAGCUGUCUAGGAUGUACGUGUUUUUGCUUCAUCUAAGCAUCGCAGACUUGACAGUUGCAUUUUUUCUAGUUCUUCCUCAGCUUUUUUGGAAAAUUACAGAUGUUUUUAUGGGUCCAGAUAUCCUGUGCAGAACCAUCAGCUAUCUCCAGUUGUUGAGCAUGUUUGCCUCCACAUAUAUGAUAGUAGUUAUGGCAAUGGACAGACUUCAAGCAGUGUGUUACCCUAUGGUCUCCUUCCAAAAAAAAGGAGCUCUUUGGAAUGUUUCCAUCUGCACCAGCUGGUUUAUUUCUUUGGUCUUCAGCAUUCCCCAAGUAUUUAUCUUUCGAAAGAGUGAAGUAUCUCCAGGUAUCUUUGACUGUCAAGCAGAUUUCAUUGAGCCCUGGGGCACAAAGCUGUACGUAACUUGGAUCUCCGUAGCUAUUUUCUUCCUUCCUGCAGCCAUCCUGACGAUAUGCCAUAUUAGGAUCUGCAGAGCAGUCCAAACGCAUGUGAGUUUGAAAAAUUACAGUGAAUUUCAAGUAACAAACCAGAAACAGAUAUUGCCAUCCCAGGCAAGUAAUGUGAACUGUAUGUCCAGCGCUAUGAUCAAGACUAUAAAGAUGACAGUGGUGAUAGUUGUCGCUUACAUUGUCUGUUGGUCACCUUUCUUCAUUGCACAGCUGUGGACUGCAUGGCACCCCAGUGAUGCUAGAACUGAAGGUCCAGUAAUAGCAGUUCUUAUGCUCCUAGGGAAUCUAAAUAGCUGUGUCAACCCAUGGAUUUAUAUGUACUUUUGUGGUCAAAUACCACACUGUUCAAAGAAAAAAAUGGACAUCACCACUGCUCAUGAGGAGUCCACCAAUACAGGCAGUGUUAACUUGGGAGAGAAAGAAUCUGAAGACAAUAUUACAUCAGUGUAACUACAAACAGCUGGUAUUACAGUUUAUAGUUUGUGCAGGCACAUUUCAAGAAAUUACUUUU